AUGGCGCACAAGUCACUCCAGACGAAUUUCGACGUGGACUAUGUUAUCAGCUACCGCAUGCCCCAGGAUGAAGGCAAGGAAGCUGGCAUCACGCAGUUUAGAAAACUCAUUCGAGCACUGGCCGAGACUGGAUUGACUACCGAAGUCCGACGCGGCGAUGAAACAUCCUUACUUGUCUUCGUCAAGGCUGCAGACGAAAAGAUACUUGCCGAAGUGGUCCAUAGGUCGAGGAUCAAAGAUUGGCUGCAUGGGGUACGACAGAUCCAGCCUUCAAACGAUGUUGCCAACAUCCUCACCUCCGAACCCAUGACGGACGCCGAGCGACUUCGACACAUCCACCAAAUGAUAUGUUGUCCUCGGGAAGAAGGUGGCGCUGGUAUAACGACAAAACAUGGAGAAUGGAAGAACGUCGAAGCUGUCUUCCCACUCCACGAUCACGUCAAGAACAAAAAGUGGCUGAGCGAGUUUACACGGAAGACAUUUCUGACUCCGGAUGAUUUGGACGAAAUCAGAAACACUGUUGGCGAGAAGAUUGGCUACUAUUACGCAUUUCUCCAAUCCUACUUCUCCUUCAUGAUCUUCCCUGCCGCUUUCGGCUUCUCUUGCUGGGUUCUCCUGGGCAACUUCUCCCCCAUCUACGCAAUCGUCAAUGGUCUGUGGUGUGUGGUGUUCGUUGAAUACUGGAAACGUCAAGAGCAGGAAUUGGCCAUUCGCUGGAACGUGAAGAACGUUUCGCUUAUCGAGGACAAGAGGAGGGAAUUUGCACCUGAGAAAGUUAUUAGCGAUCCUGUGACGGGUGAACAGGUUUCGUUCUUUCCAGCGAAGAAGAGACUGCAGAGGCAGCUCCUCCAACUACCUUUGGCAGCCAUGUGUGUUGUGGGCCUUGGGGCUAUCAUAUGCACCUGUUACGCCAUUGAGAUCUUCAUCUCAGAGGUGUAUGACGGCCCGCUCAAGUCCGUGCUUGUCUUCCUUCCCACAAUCUUGCUCACUCUGGCUGUUCCCACCAUGAGCAAUUUCCUCACCGGGUUUGCCGAGAAGCUCACGUUCUACGAGAACUACGAAACACAAGACGCUCACGACAAGGCCAUGAUCUCCAAGGUUUUUGUCAUCAACUUCAUUACCUCUUAUACGGCGAUCUUCCUCACGUCUUUUGUCUAUGUCCCCUUCGCCUCGAUCCUGGUGCCUUAUUUGGACGUCUUCAGCAUGACGGUCAGACCUUUUGCCGAGAACGAGAAGCAACUUCAAACACCAUCACCCGCCACAUUCAGCAUCAAUCCCAACCGGUUACGCAACCAGAUGAUCUACUUUGCAGUGACAGCGCAAAUUGUCAAUUUCGCAAUGGAGACGGUCAUGCCAGUCGUCACGCAGCGCGGUACCAAGAAAUUUAGGGAAAUGCAAUCUCAACGUGCAGAGAAGAAUGGUGGUGCUACGCCAUCGGUUGCUGACCACGAUCCGGCCGAAGAGAAGGAAUUUCUUGCUCGAGUGCGUGAGGAGGCUGCUUUGCCCGAGUACGAUGUGACGUCCGAUCUACGUGAGAUGUGUAUCCAGUUUGGCUACCUCUCCUGCUUCAGCGUCAUCUGGCCCCUCACGCCGGUCUCGUAUUUCAUCAACAAUUGGAUCGAGCUCCGUGGGGACACGUUUAAGUUGGCCGUUGAGUGCCGCCGACCCAACCCCGCCCGCGCCGACAGCAUUGGACCGUGGCUGAAUAGUCUCGAAUUCCUCGCUUGGCUAGGCAGCAUCACAUCCGCGGCCUUGGUGUAUAUGUUUUCUGGUAACGACGGGCACGGUCCGGAUGGCAGGCCACACCAGAUCAAGCUUUGGGCGUUGUUGCUUAGCGUUUUCCUAUCGGAACACAUAUUCCUCGUGGUACGUGUGCUGGUACGGACAGCAAUAAGCAAGCUUGAUUCAGCGGCGAUGCGCAAAGAGCGGAGCGAACGGUUCAUGGUGCGCCGCAAAUAUCUGGAGGACGCCGGGCUAGGACAUGCUGUCAAACCACUCGCAUCGCCCCCCAAUAGCCCGCUGAAGACUGAGUCGGGAGAACAAGCCUUUGCAAGCAUCACGAGACAGAGUCUUGAAGAAGACGCACGGAAUCAAAGCACCUCCACCAAGGGUGGCGUGGAAGGCGCGACUGAAAGAUUCUGGCUAAGACAGCGAAGCUGGGCUGAAAGCGAGCGCGUCGGUUUGGGAAUGAUUGAACUCAUGGAGUUAGGGACGAAAAAGGCGAAGAAGGCGCAAUGA